AUGAGAAACCCAAAUCUUCUGUUUAGGGAUGGAUUGAUGAAGUUAUUUUUCUUGGAAGCUGACCGUGAAGGGAAAUCUAUGCUUGAAGAAGCAUCUGCAUUGGGACAUUUGGAUUCAACAUUUGUCUUGGAAUUGAUGCUGAUGGUAGAAGGCAAACAUUGGAAGCAGGAAGCUUUGGACAUGUUGAACAAUGCUUACCGUAGAACAAAAGGUUUACAACUACUUGAUGCAUAUUCUGCCUGGGCAGUUCCGGAUAAUGGGGAGUGCACGGGUGUUGUUGAUAGUGCCAAAGAGUUGUUGUGGACUGUUGAUAUUGUUCAUAUACUUACGACAAAAAACAUCACAUUUCGAUAUGAAGAGCCAAAUGAUUAUGUUAAAGGGGCAUUUGCGGUAGGCCAUGAAGAGGAUGACGAUCGACAAAGAUAUUGCAUGGUUUGUCGUUGGUAUGUGGAGUAUGGUAGGUUUUGUAUGUUUCUUAAAAAUAUAGAUGGUUGA